AUGUUCCGUCCUGCAUCCAGAGUGCUUCUCCGCGCUCCGGCCGCAACCCGUGGCCCGGCAAGCAGACGAUUGAUAAGCAGCGCUCCCGCCGAGCCCAAGUCGAGGAGUUGGAAGAACACCGCUGUCCGGUUAGGGUUGGCUGUUGGUGCUGUAUACUACUAUAACACGAGCAGUGUGUUUGCGGAGCGGCCUUCAUUCUCCCUCCGUGACCAGACCACCACCCCCGAAAACACCACCUCUCUAACCCUCGACUCCAUCAAGCCCAAGAUCCGCGAACAAAGGGAAUCCUCGAAACCCACUCCCCCGCCUCAAUCUGAUGCGCAAGUCAUAGCAACGGAGCUGCCCACCUCCGAGGGUGCUCAGAAAUCGCCCCAGGAACUGGAGGAAGAAGCGGGUCAGGAAGCCGCCUUUAACCCCGAAACUGGCGAGAUUAACUGGGACUGCCCAUGUCUGGGCGGAAUGGCGCAUGGGCCAUGCGGAGAGGAAUUCAAGGCGGCAUUCAGUUGCUUCGUGUAUUCGACUGAGGAGCCGAAGGGAAUAGAUUGCAUUGAGAAGUUCAAGGGCAUGCAAGAUUGCUUCCGCCAGUAUCCUGAUGUCUAUGGUGCCGAGUUGGAAGAUGACGAGGAGGCUGCUCCUCCCACCAGUGAAGGCCAGGCCGUGGUUCCCGCCGCGGAGACAAAGACCAUCGCUACUGAGACGGCUGAAUUGUCCGAAAGUGAGGAGUUGAACCCUAAGGCAUCGCACGAUACGGAAAGCCAGAACGGCGAAAAGACGGAGAAAUAG